CUGUAUUAAUAAUAACUAUAAUGUUUUUAUUACCAGUUAUUUAUUGGAUUUAUUCAAAUGCAUUAAUAUUAUUGAUAUCUUUAUUUACAUAUUUUGUGUCAAAACAAAUAUAUAAUGAAUAUUGUAUGAGAAAUAAAUUACCACCGGGUCCUAUAGGACUACCAUUUGUCGGUUAUAUGCCUUUUCUUAAGGGCGAGCCCUCCAGAGUGUUCGUACAAUUGGCCAAAAAAUACGGACCAGUUUUCGGCAUUCAAAUGGGUUGCUCUCCAGUAGUGGUACUCAAUGACUGGCCGUCAAUAAAAGAGGCACUUUCUGACGACACGGCUCUAUAUCGGCCUAAAAACAACUUCUUUAACUCAGCAAUUCCUGCGGGAUUUGAAGCAAUAAGUGGUGACGAAUGGAAAGAACAGAAAAGAUUUACUUUACAUCAGUUGCGAAAUCUUGGUUUCGGGAAGACAUCGAUGGAGGAACACAUCAUCGAUGAAAUCAAUCAUUUGUCACAACUCUUGGACACCAAAGAGGGGCAGGAAAUUGAGUUCAGGACUCUAUUCCCGAUUAGUGUCUCAAAUAACAUCAAUUCCCUUAACUUUGGCCGACGUUUCGAGUAUACGGACAGCAGAAAGAAAGCGAUCGAUGAGUUCCUGAUACUGGACCCUAAUUUUAACUUUACCGGGGUAUUUGCAUUUUACCCCGUGGUGACUCGAUUUAUAUAUAAGUAUCUGCCAUUUAUUAUGCCAUUAUCUCUCCGGAUUGUUCGGGAUAAGGUUAAAGCAGUGACAGAUAUUAUAAGAUCUGAAUACGAAACACAUGUGAAAACUAUUGAUAAAAACAAUAAUAGGGAUUAUUUGGACGCUUUUAUUUGUGAAAUGCAAAAGUUUGGAAAUGACCAAGACGAUGAUAUGUUGGAGGGAAACAGCUUCUUGCUAAUCGGUGCGGCGGGUUCUACGGUAUUACAGACCCUCGAGUGGUCGCUAUUGAUUUUGGCCACUAAUCCGCAAAUACAACAACAGAUCCACAAAGAGAUCGAUGAAGUGGUUGGCAAAGAGAGGAGUCCUAAGACUUCCGACAAAAACCAAAUGCCAUUUUUGCAGGCAUUCAUGUAUGAAGUUUGGAGGUUUAGGACAUUAUUGCCAAUUAAUUUACCACGAUGUGCGUCUAAAGAUAUGGUAAUCUCAGGAUUC